GACCAAUGUUAUUCAAAGGGAUAUACCAUCUAUUUUAUCAGUACAACCCAAACGGUGUAGCAUGGGGUCCACCAGUGUGGGGCCACUCGACAUCAAAGGAUCUAGUAAACUGGAUGCCACACCCAUUAACAAUGGAGCCAGAAAUGGCAGCCAACAUAAACGGAAGUUGGUCAGGGUCAGCUACAAUACUCCCAGGAAACAAACCAGCAAUUCUCUUCACCGGAUUAGACCCAAAAUACGAACAAGUCCAAGUUUUAGCCUACCCUAAAAAUAUAAACGACCCUUACCUUAAAGAAUGGUUUUUAGCACCCCAUAAUCCAGUCAUGUUCCCUACCCCACAAAAUCAAAUCAAUGCCACGUCAUUCCGGGACCCAACGACCGCGUGGAUGAUGCCAGAUGGCAAAUGGAGAGUGCUAGUUGGAAGCAAAAGAGGACAGCGUGGAUUGUCAUUGUUAUUUAGAAGCAAAGAUUUUGUAAAUUGGGUUGAAGCAAAACACCCUAUAUACUCUUACAAACUAAGUGGCAUGUGGGAAUGUCCUGAUUUUUUCCCUGUUUAUACAAAUGGUAACACAAUGGGUGCUGAUACUUCUACAAUUGCUCCUAAUGUUAAGCAUGUACUCAAAGUUAGCUUGGAUUUAAGUAAACAUGAUGUUUACACAAUUGGAGGUUAUAAUAUCAAGAAGGAUGCGUAUACUCCUGAUGUGGGUUUCAUGAAUGACUCGAGUUUGAGGUAUGAUUAUGGUAAAUAUUACGCCUCUAAGACGUUUUAUGACGGUGCUAACAAGGAGAGGAUUUUGCUUGGUUGGGCUAAUGAGUCUUCGAGUGUGGAAGAUGAUACUAUAAAGGGAUGGUCUGGGAUUCACACAAUUCCAAGAAGAAUUUGGCUUCACAAAUCAGGGAAGCAAUUGAUUCAAUGGCCAAUUUCAAACAUUGAAAACUUGAGACAAAAACCCGUCAAAAUGUACGGCAAAUUGAUCAAAGGAGGAUCCCUAAAUGAAGUGACUGGCAUUACUGCAGCACAGGCAGAUGUGGAAAUCUCAUUCAAAAUCAAGGACUUGAAGAACGUGGAAAAGUUAGAACCAAGUUGGACUAACCCACAGUUGCUCUGUAGCAAAAAAGGGGCAUCAGUCAAUGGUGGGCUUGGACCGUUUGGGUUGAUGACUUUGGCUUCCAAGGGCUUAGAAGAGUACACAGCUGUUUUCUUCAGAAUUUUCAAAGCUUAUCACACUAAUAAAUUUGUGGUCCUUAUGUGUAGUGACCAAAGCAGGUCUUCUCUAAAUCCGACGAAUGACAAAACAACUUAUGGAACUUUCGUGGAUGUAGAUCCUGUUCGUGAAGGCUUGUCCUUGAGAGUCUUGAUUGAUCACUCAGUGGUGGAGAGCUUUGGAGCCAAAGGAAAGAAUGUGAUAACAGCAAGAGUGUAUCCCACAUUGGCAAUCAAUGAAAAGGCUAGAUUAUACGUCUUCAACAAAGGAACAUCAAAUGUUGAGAUCACUAGAUUAACUGCUUGGAGCAUGAAGAAAGCUCACAUUGCUUAACUCUAAUUAAUUAAUUAAAUUAGGUUUAUUCAAAAAUCAAUUUCACCGGAUUUUUAGAGGAAUAUAGUUGAUAUAUAUAGUAAAUUAUUUUCUUAAUUAAUUGACACAAUUAUACUAUACUUAGUUUUUACCUUGAUUGAAGAGCAAAAUCAUGCACACAGUAGUAGGAAAUACACCUUUGUUAUGUUCAAGUGUUCAAUUAAGUAUAGCCCUGCUUGAAGGAAAAUGUAUUUGUUUUCAUUCGACGUUAAUGUAUCCUCUUCUUUAACUCGA